CAGCUGUAAACCCUGGGAUGUUACACUGUUCCCUUUAUAGUCCCCUUUAUAACCUCAACAGGAUCUGAGAGUUCUGAAUAUCCACUUCUAUAUCCACUUUGAAAUGAUUACAAACUGUUUAUUUCAAUUCAGCUUGAACACAAAACAUUACUGGAAAAUGUGUUGGUCUUACUUAAAAAGAAAGUCCGAAUCCUUAAAACAAUUGUAAAUUAAAAAAGUAUUACAUGCUGUUGAUAUACUCAACACACCCCCUACACACAGAUAAAUCAUCAUUUGGUUUGCUCAACACACAGUUUCCUCUGUCUGUCUCACCUCAUACACAAUGGCAUGUGGCUCAGCAACAGCAAUGGUUCAGAUUAUGACUCUGCCUUUGUUUCUCUGCAUCACUGGUUUGCUCUUAGAGGCAGAAGCUCAAAUUUUGGAGGCAGAAGCUGGAGAUAAUGUCACUGUUUGGUGCCAACAUGAUCUGAAAAAUCCAGCUAUGAUCUUCUGGUUUAAACAGUCGUGUGAUUCAGUUCCACUUCUUCUUGGGUGUAAAAGGUUUUUGACAUCAGCUCCAUCAAAAUCGUGUUACUUCUUUAGUGAGAGUGAGAGAAUAGUGAUGUUUGUUCAUGGCAGUAAAACGUCUCUCACAAUCACUGCAGUAAACGUCUCUGAUACAGGACUCUAUUACUGCAGCUUCACUGAGAACAUGAUCUUCAGUAACUCCACAUAUUUACAACUGAAAACAGGAAAUAAAACAUUGUCUAUCUCAGACAGAGCUAAAGGUUCAGCGUCUAAUGCAGUGUUCUUCAUGCUGAUUGUGGUGUUUGGUUCAGUGACUGUGUUUCUUCUUGGUGUCCUGAUCUUCAUCAUACUGAAGCACAGAAAAACACAGACUGGUGAUAUAACUGACAGACAUGAUGAUGAGGAGCAAGAGAGUGAUUCAGUGAACUACGCUGCUCUGCAGUUCUCUAAGAAGAAAACAAAGAAGACAGGAAGAAGUAGUGAAAUAAUAUAUACACAUGUUGUAUAUUUUGCUAUCAGACAAUAAUUUAGCAAAGAUGUGAUUACGAGCUGAUAUAAUGUAUUAUGUACUGCUACUAAUGAUAAACAAUGUUGAGCUGAUAGAGGAGGUGGUCAUAGUUUCCUGCAUAUUAUAGUAACAGAAAAUACAUUGCAUUUAAUCAUAACUAUAAUAUGGUAACUAUGUAGAUCUAUGGUAUCGUGCAUUUAUCAAUAUUAUGUACAUCUCAUUUAUUCUGAGCUGUGU